AUGGCCGAGCAAAAGGAAAUCGUUGAACAACUUGUUCAAAUCCGUCAAGACAUCGACGGAUUCCUCACAAACUUGCUCGAAGAGCCAGAAUUGGCAAGAACUGGAAAGAACUUGCUUUCUUCCGUUUCAAAGGGAAUGGGCAAGGUUCUAGGUCUUCGAUCUAAUCGAAACCAGCGCCAGGAAGGAGCUCAACCUGCUGAAGAGCAAGUCGACCCUUUGGCUGAGCCUCAGGCCCGUCGAAACUUGUUCUCUCAACCGGAGAACAACGCUCCCCUCAACGAAAGCAUCGGAGAGGCUGAUUCGCUCGAAGAGCGAACUUUUAACCUCCGAUACCCGGGAAACACCGCGGGUAACCAUGACGAAACCCCUGCUGUCUUGCCUCUCUGGAUUGGAGAAGAGGAUAUCAGCAUGAACGAUCCCAGAGAGAAUAUCUCUCUGGCCACGCACUUGAGUGCCCACCUGACCCCUGUCCAGAGAGAAGAGGUCCGACGAGUUUGCGAGCGGCUAUUCGCCCAGCGCAACGAACGAAUGAACAACCUCUGGAACGAUCUCCAGAGCCAGCAGAUCAAGCUGCACUUCCGAACUCGUUCGGGAAAAUCUUUCAGCUUGGCUGGCGCCGGCUGGCAAGAAGACGAAGAGUCUGGCGAGAACAUGGAUCAGACCGUCGCUCCCGAAGAACCAUCCCUCGGUUAA